AUGACUACAAUGGCCAACUCCAAACCACAAUUCCUUGCAACACAAACCAUCUUCUCUCUUUUCCUUUUAACUUUUCUCUUGUUAAUCACCAAUGUCAACUCAGAAUCAUUUUCUUUCAGCUUCCCCAAGUUUGACAACGCUUCCGAUACCAUAGCCCUCGGCGGUGAUGCCAAAAUUAUUGGUGCAGUACUACAGCUUACCAAAAAGGACCAACUCGGAAAACCUUCUCCACAUACUUUUGGCCUUUCUGCAUUCUCUGAAGCUAUUCGUCUCUCCGACAAAACAGGUGGUAAAGUUGCUGACUUUACCACCCAGUUUUCCUUUGUUGUGGAUCCAAAAGGUUCACAACUUCAUGGCGACGGUUUCACCUUCUUUAUUGCAUCAGUUGGUUAUGAGUUUCCCGACAAUUCAUCAUCGGAGGGUGGAUUUCUAGGACUAUUCGAUAAAGAAACCGCCUUCAAUACCUCAGAAAACUCUAUCGUUGCUGUCGAGUUUGAUAGUUUUACGAACGAAUGGGAUCCUCUCUUCCCUGAGAACUCGCCUCAUAUAGGAAUCGACAUCAACACAAUUGAGUCUUCGAUUGCUGUUCCAUGGCCAAUCGAUAGACAACCUCAAGGGUCGAUAGGAAAGGCACGGAUCGGUUACAAUUCUGCCUCAAAAGAGUUGAGUGUGUUUGUAAGUUAUCCAAAUAGUCCUGUUAAAGUGGAUGUUCUUGUAUCGUAUCCGGUUGAUUUGGCGGCAGUUUUGUCUGACUGGGUCCUUGUGGGUUUCUCCGGUGCUACUGGUCAACUUGCAGAAACACAUGACAUUCUCUCUUGGUCUUUCAGUUCGAACAUUUGA